CGGCGGCAGAGACAGAGGAGCGGAGGAGAGCAGGUCGGCACCUCUUACACCUGGGCCCAGGAGUUGCCAAGAUGCCCAUUUUGGAAAAAGUCCCCAGUGAAGUGGCUGCAAAACCUCACAGCAGUGAGGAGGAGCCUGGGCUUCCCAAGCUGCCGGUGCCCCCCUUGCAGCAGACGCUGGCUACCUACCUGCGGAGCAUGCAGCACCUGGUGUCUGAGGAGCAGUUCCAGAGGAGCCAGGCCAUUGUGCAGCGGUUUGGGGCCCCUGGUGGCCUUGGUGAGACCCUGCAGCAGAAACUUUUGGAGCGGCAGGAGAAGACAGCCAACUGGGUGUCUGAGUACUGGCUGAAUGACAUGUAUCUCAACAACCGCCUGGCCCUGCCGGUCAACUCCAGCCCUGCCAUCAUCUUCGCCCGGCAGCCCUUUCAGGACACCAGUGACCAGCUCAGGUUUGCAGCCAGCCUCAUCUCAGGUGUGCUCAGCUACAAGGCCCUGCUGGACAGCCACUCCAUCCCCACAGACUGUGCCACAGGCCAGCUUAAGGGACAGCCCCUCUGUAUGAAGCAGUACCAUGGGCUCUUUUCCUCCUACCGGCUCCCUGGCCAUACACAGGACACUCUAGUAGCCCAGAAGAGCAGCAUCAUGCCAGAGCCUGAGCAUGUCAUCGUGGCCUGCUGCAACCAGUUCUUUGUCUUGGAUGUGGUCAUCAACUUCCGCCGUCUCAGUGAAGGGGAUCUGUUCACCCAGUUGAGAAAGAUUGUCAGGAUGGCUUCCAAUGAGGAUGAACGCUUGCCUCCUAUUGGCCUGCUGACAUCAGAUGGGAGGAGUGAGUGGGCGGAGGCCAGGACGGCCCUAGUGAAAGAUUCCACCAACCGUGACUCGCUGGACAUGAUUGAGCGCUGCAUCUGCCUGGUGUGCUUGGAUGCCCCCAGCGGUGGGGACCUCAGUGACACCCACAGGGCGCUCCAGCUCCUCCAUGGAGGGGGCUGCAGCCAGAACGGUGCCAACCGCUGGUAUGACAAGUCCCUGCAGUUCGUGGUGGGCCGAGAUGGCACAUGUGGCGUGGUGUGUGAACACUCUCCAUUUGAUGGCAUUGUCCUGGUGCAGUGCACGGAGCACCUGCUCAAGCACAUGACAAAGAGCAGCAAGAAGCUCGUCCGAGAGGACUCUGUCAGCGAGCUCCCAGCACCCAGGAGGCUGAGAUGGAAAUGCUCCCCGGAAAUCCAAGGCCACCUGGCCUCUUCAGCAGAAAGGCUCCAACGAAUAGUGAAGAACCUGGACUUCACUGUGUAUAGAUUUACCGGCUAUGGGAAGACAUUCAUCAAGAAGCAGAAGUGCAGCCCUGAUGCCUUCAUCCAAGUGGCCCUGCAGCUGGCCUUCUAUAGGCGCCACCUGAGACUGGUGCCCACCUAUGAGAGCGCAUCCAUCCGGCGGUUCCGGGAGGGGCGGGUGGACAACAUCCGGUCAGCCACUCCAGAGGCACUGACUUUUGUGAGAGCCAUGACUGACCACAAGGCUGCUGUGCCUGCUUCUAAGAAAGGACAGCUCCUGAGGGAGGCCAUCCGUGCCCAGACUGAGUACACUGUCAUGGCCAUAACGGGGAUGGCUAUUGACAACCACCUGCUGGGACUUCGGGAGCUGGCCCGGGACCUGUACACUGAGCCGCCUGAGAUGUUCACAGAUGAGACAUACCUGACCAGCAACCGGUUUGUUCUCUCCACCAGCCAGGUACCCACGAGCAUGGAGAUGUUCUGCUGCUAUGGCCCUGUGGUCCCCAAUGGCUACGGUGCCUGCUAUAACCCCCAGCCUGAGACCAUCCUCUUCUGCAUCUCCAGCUUCCACAGCUGCAAGGAGACCUCAUCCAUGGGGUUUGCGGAAGCUGUAGGGGCAAGCCUAGCUGACCUGAGAGCCCUGUGUAGCCUAUCGCAGCCCCCUGACUGCAAGCCACUCGUGACAGAGGGGAAGGCUAUGGGGCCCAGCCAGGGUUACCAGCCUUGACU